AUGACAGACAUAAAAAAAGAAAUUUCAAGAUCAAGAAGAUUGGUUAGUACAUUAAUAAAAAAAAUUGUGAAAACAAAGAUGUGGUGCCUGAUCUGACCUUGACCUGCCAUGUUGAUGGAUAACCUGAUGAAUGAGCGCAUUCUUGUGAUCAAAAAGCAGUUGCGCUAAAUGUAAGCAAAAUUCAAAACCAGAUUGAGAUACCAAUCUGACCAAUCCAAGUGCAGAGGUGGAUCAUUCACAGUGAUCCUCAAUUGCAAAAUCCAGAUUUAGAUGAAACAAAACAAAACCUUCGUUGACUUGAAUUAUUGAUUUCAUCUAAGAAACUCUUGUGUUCAGGGUGCAAACAAAAUCAUUUUUAAAGCUUGCACUUCAGGCAAGCUGUAGCUAACAUGUACUAGCACAAGAGUCAUCUUAACUAGCCCCCAAAAAAGUUUUGAUGAGCAGAAUUGGCUACAGUUCUUCUUUAAUUUGAAUACCCUAAAAAAUAUAUCACUAGCCCAGCAUGCAAAGAAAGUAGUGUCCGAUAGCCCGGGGCUAGUGGAUUUUGCUAUCUGGCUAGUGAAUUCUGUUUUUAACUUGCCCAACGGGCAAGUGAUGUUUUUUGAGGAAUCUGAAUAACAGAAGAACUGUGAAAUCAGUUCUACUCAUCAAAAAGCUUUUGCCUUGGGGCCAGUUGAAAUGACUUGUGGGCUAGUAAAUGCUAGAUUCAGCUUGCCCGAAUGACAAGCUGUAAAAUGAUUUUCUUUGCACCCUGCUAGCCCAUCAGGCAAUUUAAAAACAGAAUUCACUAGCCUGAUAGCAAAAUCCAUUAGCCUGCCAGGCUAUCGGACACGACUUUCUCUGCAUGCUGAGUCUUCAUAUUAUAAUUAUAUUAUCUUAUUGAGCAAAUGCCUUUUUAUAUUAACCAGUCAAUAUUUCUACAGAAAUGUAAUUUUUGCAAGAAACUUGGUGCAACUAUUGGUUGCUGUAAGUCAAGAUGUUCCCAAGCGUUUCAUUACAAAUGUGGACGAGAGAGAGGCUCGUUGUUUCAGUUCUUCGACAGCUUCAAGUAAGCCAUCUUGUUUAAUAUAGCACAAGACAGUUCACUUGGGGAGAUGACCAAAACAUGAUAUUACAGGGGAACCUCUUUUCAGGGGACUACCUUGGGACCGAGGCAAGUGGCCCUUGAAUAGAAGUUUCCCCUGAAUGGAGGUUGGGCUUGGGUUUGUUAAUAAUUAACCACCAAAGACAAUAUAAAAAUAUCAUCACAAACUUAUCUCUGUGACAUUACACGUAGAAUUCACACAAGUGCAGUACAUUGCAGGGCUCAAAAUAACAGCCGGUCAAUGGCGAUGUCCAGACUGAUUGGGGAGUUUUCGUCUUGCCGGUCAUGUUGACCGGUCACGUUGACCGGUCACAUUCGAUCGUAUUGAAAAUGAAAUGUAAUAACAUUUGGCCAUGCUUGUUUCUGUUGUCAUCAGUUAAUGUAGCAAGUCACUGUGUAUUGCAGAACUUUGAUAUGAAAUCCUGGGUGAAAUGCAACUAGAACUGUUGUAUACAAUUCAGGCAUUGUCUGUCUGUUAUUUUUAUCUUAUAAAUUUGACCGGCCAGAAACAAUACAUGACCAAGCUAAAAUGAAUGUGGCCAGUCAUCGUGUCAUCAAUGUCUUCCACCAAUCAGAAGCAAUUCCCAGAUUUGGGUAGUGAUGCAUCAUCAGUAUGAAAAUUUUUGUGCUGGUUUCGCAGAUGUCAUUUGGCAGGGAAACAAUUGGUAACAUUGCCAAAUGUCGGUAGUUUUCUCAACAACAACAACAAUCUUUAUUUGUACUCACUCCUUCUCAAAAAUAAAUAAUGACAGGCUACUAAGACAGACAAAGUUUACCUUUAUAACAAAGCAAUGUUUCACUGUGACUAAAAUUUUAGCAAACCACUCUUGCUUAAAAUUGCAAAUCUGCAAAGCAUUCUCCUUGCUUUGUAUUUGUGUUAAGGUUAAAAAAAGAUGAUUGCCCUCUUAAGAAGCAAUGGGUAAAGUGGGUGUGGUUGUUGUUAUUUUAUUUUUUUUCACUUACCGGUACUUCAACCAAAAGUUUGUCCUGGUGGGUGGUCAUCAUGGCUGGACAUUGUCUGUUGGCCCUUACAUGUCAUUGCUGUACUAAAAUGUAACUGAACACUGCUCUGUACAUGUGUAGGAUUCCAGCAGGGCCUCACCACCCCACACCCCUAUGCCAAAAAUUUACAAAGCACCCCCCUAGGAAUGCACCUAAUUUUUGCUGCAUUGAAUUUUAUUGCAGCUCUUACUGCCUGUACCACCGUCCAACACAAAGUGUUAACUUGAUCGAAAGUAGCGGCCAAACUUGUCCAAUCUGUUUGUGCGAAAUUGAUUGGAACAGUCGUACUUCUCUUGCUGAGGUUCCUCUUAAGACACCCUGUUGUAGAAAUUCGUGGUUUCACAACAGCUGUCUUCAGGUAAUAAAUACCGGUAACCUAAAUGAAAUCAAUUUGAAGUCUGUAUGGUUACCUAUAGACUGAGUUGUUGACUCAGAUUUAUGGCUCAAGCAUGAACCGCAUGUCAGGACAGAUGGGCAAGAGGUUUCUCAGGGCGCUUUCCAAUUGUCAGAACUGACCGGCCAGACCAUUCCCGUCUUAAUGAGAAUUUCACUGUGAAUCAAAACUAUCCGGCCAGAUCAGUCAGAUCCUAAAUAAAAUGCCAUAGGAGAUAGUAUUUCAGCAAAAACCCUAUGGAAAAAGCCGAUUUCAUUUGGUAACUGACUGGUCCGGCCGACCAGUUCUGACAAAAGGAAAGCGCCCUCAGUUAUGAUGUAGAUAUUUCUUUGUUAACUCUCGGAGGGUUUAGCUGGUUCGAAGCACCACUUUUAUUGAGUUGUGGUUACUUACAAUCAUAGCAAGGGGAUAAACAUUUUGUAUAUUUUGCGGUUUUUGAAAGGUCAUUGCUAAAAUCGUAAAUUUUGUAAAUUUGGCAGUUUUCACGAGGCCAUUGCGAAAAGUCGUUAAUUAUUUAACAUCCUGGUAAUAAGGGGCGGUAUGGUGUGAUAUGCUAAAUUAAACUUACCUUUCACUGUUCAACUGACAAAAAGGAGGUGAUAAAUUUCUGCAUAACCAGAGCAACCCCAUUUUUUUUUAAGUAGAUGGGAAAUGAGAAAAGUAGCGUAGAAUUUGACUUUUCCUGUGUUGGAUUUCCCCAUUAAUUUUUAUAACAUGUUUCUGGUAUAUUUGGUUACAGAGACAUGCACAUUCAAGUGGUCUCUUUUAUUUCCGAUGUCCAGUCUGUAACAACAUGGAGCUAUUUCAACAGGAAAUGAAAAGGAUGGGCAUUUAUAUCCCAGAACAGUAAGCUUUUGCCAGAUUUUUUUUUUCAUUUGUUUCUGGGGGAUAGCCUGCGGGUAGGCUCUGCGCCUCUGGUGAGCAAAGCAAGCCGCAGGACAACUCGCGAGCGAGAGAACGCCUCUCGCCUUCUCACUCUUCUCCUGCAUCCUACACAGGGGUUUCAAUUAAAAAAAUGAUUGAAGUAGCCAGCAGGUUUGAAUAGAGUAACCGACUGUAUCAUCAAGGGGCCGUUAGUCCUCUUUUAUCAAGGGCAAGAGAUCUGGGGGCGUGCUUCCCAAGAAAUUUUUUAAAUUUCAAAGCCCUAAAAUGCGAUUUUCAGCGUUCUGGGGACUAAUUUGAGGACAAAAGAGCGUGUUUUUAUUCAAUAAAAUGUAGCUUUCAUUCAACUUUCGAUCUAUCGGUUACAUGAUAUAUUACUACAAGCAAUGAACAAAUGAUGAAAACUAAAUUAGGUACUUUUGCACGUAAACAAAUUCUCCGUAAAACUGUUUAAAAUUGACUGAAAUAUAGCUUUCACAUGACUAAAGCAUAACGUAAAACCAAUGGGCCUUUAUGAAAGCACAUCAUAAUUACGUUUUCAUUCAGAUUUUAUGAUUAUAUUUUUUGUUUACAAAGUUAUUCAAACUAGUUGCUUCUAUGAGCGUCGGCCGUCGGUGCCUAUUGAAACCCCUGCCUACCAUUCCACCUCUCCUAACCAGUAUCCCUUGGUUUCUGCAAAGGCUAUUUGGUAGCCUUGAGUAUUACUAACAGGCUAGUGGCAUGUAAUUUUAUCUUUUCUUUCUUUAUUUAUAGGGAUGCCAGUUGGGAAAAAGGUGAUGCAUUUGCUGAUCUUCUGUUUCAAUACAGUCGCUGUGAUGCGGAAAAAUGCAUUUGUCCAAACGGCAGAGAACAUGAGCAAAGAUCGGGGUAUAGAUAAUUUAUUUGCUGCCUAUAGUGAUCAUUAGUAUAAAGGAUAAUAGACCUUUCCACGGUUUUUUCCACGGACGAGGUAGGAGAAAAUCGUGCCCUUAAAUUAGUUAAACUGCCAAGUUUGAAUGUGAUUUGUUGAAAAGUAAACUAACGAAGGUAUAGCUGGAAGGGUCUUUUAUAGAGACUUUUAGAUUCUAAACAAGGACGCGCGCGUGAACCAGCGUCAUUUUUGCGGGAAAGCGUGAUAGCCGUCGUCAUUCUACCACGGGUUUUAGCUGCGGGAGCAAGUUCUCAAAUGUCAGAAGCUUUAUCAUUUUGCUUUCGGGAGAGGGCUGAACCUCCUUCGAUAAAAAUAUCCGUGCUAAUUUUUCUGGUGGAAAAAAAAACCGUGAAGAUUUCCCGAGUGUCUAUUUUUGAGAAGACGCGAUAUCGUCCUCGGAGUCGUCCUCGUCCUCGAAUCUAAAGACACGCAAAUGACCACGCGCGUCACUGAAGGUGCGAGACGGGAGAGGGUGCCGCCCUCGUUUCGCUUGUCUUGCGACUUCGCCGCUCCCGCGCGCGUACACUGCUCUCACUAAAUCUGAAGAAAAAGAGAGACUGCUCGCAGUCUAUUUCAAACUUGGCAAUUGUACUAAUUUUAAGGCGCUCUUUCAAGUGUUGUCUACGGAUUUUUCCUAACUUGUUCCUAUCAAAAGUUAAAAACUGUGGAAGGGUCUUUUAUAGAGACUUUUGGAUUCUUAACAAGGACGCGCGAGUGAACCAGCGUCAUUUUUGCGGGAAAGCGUGAUAGCUGUCGUCAUUCUAUCACGGGUUUUUCUGGUGAAAAAAAGGUACGGUGAAGAUUUCCCGAGUGUCUAUUUUUUGAGAAGACGCAAUAUCGUCCUCGAAUUUAAACAUCCCUUAUUACUGUUGUUCUAAUGCAUUGUUUUUAACUCUAGCUAUGUUAAUGUUAGAGUAUUGUUUCAAACUGUAGAUACCGCAUUUGCUCGAUUAAACGCCGCAGAUGAAAGCAAAAUUAGCCAAAAACGCUGCCCUCGAAUAUACGCUGCACCCAAUUAGAAGAAUACAUAGUUUUAUUUCAACAUUAAAAACGAAUAUUUAUUUACUUCUCUGCCCGUAAACAGCAGGGCUAAUCAAGGCAAAUAAAGCAAUUCAGAUACGUUCUAACAGACUAGCCUUCGAAUACAGCCUUCUUUCCUCGCUUUACACCUAAAAAUUUACCAAUACCACGGCGUUUUAUCUUAUAGUAAUACGCUACAGUGUACUCUCUUAAAAUGAAUGGUUUCAUAACCGGCCAUUUUGUUCUUCAGACAUUUUUCUUUUGCCACCCUACUAAGAGAGGCACUUCUCUAAGGUUGGCUGUGCCGUGAGAGACCUUAAGAUUCUAAGACGAGGACGACUACGAGAACUAGGAGUAAUGCGCGUCAUUUUGGCGGGAAAACGCGUUAAUCCGCGUUACUCCACUAAGGGUUUUUGCGAAAAUGUUGUAGUCACGGAAACAUGUGAUCAAAUGCUACUGCUUAACCUCCUUCAAUACAAAUAACCUUGUUAACUUUUCUGGCGAAAAUAAAGUAAAAUGAAGCUUUCCAGGGUGUCUUUUUUUUUAGAAUACGCGAAAAAAAAAACUUUCAAGUCAAAUUUCGUCCUCGUCUUCAAAUUUCAAGGUUUCUAUUAUCCAUUUCGAGGCUGCGCUUUCGCCAAUAAAAAAAGCAAUAGCGUCCUCAAAACAGUCCCGCAGUUCGACACAGCUCUGAUCCAGUCCUAUGUGCAUACUCGAAACGAUCAAUUGACCUUUCCCGCAUUCCGCUCCAGUGAGUAGGCAUGAAGAAAUGAGGUCGAGGCUCCUCGGGUAGACAAUUUCAUACAAAUCACUGUGUUUUGUCCACCCGACCCUCGAAUUGAUGCCUUUGUUUUCAGGAAUGCGGGAAGGGUGUAUGGAUAAUCGCAUAAGUGUUCAUAAAUAUCAGUUUUUUAACCUGAUUUUGGCAUCUUUUGUGUCGUAGAAAGUGGCGCAUACGUUUGUGUGAUUCAUGUGGCCAGUUUGGAACACACCUGAAGUGUCAACACUGGAAAAGAUCCCCAGGGGAAUGGCACUGUGAUACCUGCGGUAAUACUUUGCCUUAUUCCAGCACCCGGCAAAGGCCGGUGGGAGACCGCUCCAUGGAUCCUUACACCAGUGAUGAAGGCGAGGGUUCUUCUACAACAGAAGACUGUGAGGUUAAUGUGUGCACCAUCUCCGACGAUGACGCCCCUCUUGCAGAGCUCAAGUGCACUCAAGAAGAACAAAUCCAGUUGAGAAGCAGUGUCAAAACAGCUUUUAGAGAUGGUGCAUCGCCUUUGAGGAAGCGUCGUCGCCUGUCUGCCGGAACAUCUAACGAAGCAGGGCCCAGCAAUCUUGAAGAAUACCUCUCCGAAAAUUCCCGUUCUUGUGCCAGUUAUUUUUUGGAUAGUUUACACUCCGCAUCGGUGCUUCCUAAUGUCUUACUUACAUUAUCCGAUGCUGUGUAUACAGAAACUGUGGAAAAACAGUCAGGUAAUUUUGGAGGUGAGGUCCAGGCGAUUGUUAUAAAGGACACAGAUUCAGAGUGUUCAUCGCAAGCAAGUGAAGAUGAUCUAAAGAUUAUUACAGAGAACCCAAACUGUGAAGGAAAUUCAAAAACAGGUGACACUGGUGUUAAGUCCAGUGUAACCGUUGAUGGUGUAGGACUAAGUAGUCCUGAAUCCAGAAAACAAAAGCUGGGAAAACUGAACAGCGCGAGCAGGUCUGCAGAGGCUGUUAAAGCUGCAGAGGCAGACUCGAGUGAAGACGUUGACAGAGAAGCAAUGUUGUUAGAAGUUACCUUACUAAAUUGUGGAAACAAGGAAGACCAUGAUGGAAGCGAUGACGAUGCAUGUCUCAUCACCAAAGUUAUAACACCGCCAAGGAAACCUUGUCCUUAUGGAAAUGAUAAGUUUGGCAAGUGCAUGUUGACAUGUUGCAAUCCGACUAAAUUUUUGCACUCCGUUUUGGUGGCUUCAAGCCCUAAAGUCACUAACAGCUCGCACAAAGAUUUGCAGAUUGAAACAGUCAGUAGUAGUAGUAACGUUAAUCAUGUUCCAGAAAAAUCAGAUGCAGAUGUAAAGAAACCACUUGCGAUAGACGAAGACAAUGGAAGGGAUGAGAGCAAGGAGUGCUGUUCUGUGGGUACGAACACAACCGCAAAUAUAGCACCAUCUGUUAAGAGAGUCUUGCCCUCCAGACAGACUACAAUUACUGAAACCUUUUUGCCAACGGCAAAGCAGCCUUCCUCGCCAUCAGGUCAGAAUAGAAACCUGAGAUUGAAGUUACGACGUCAAAAGAAAGGAAGUUUCCGUGAAAGGAAAAGAAAUUUCUCUUCUCUUCGGGAAAAUCCGUUGUCUGUGACUAAUAAUUAG